CUUUGGUAUCGUUUGAAAAAUGAAUUGUAACCAUUGUUCGCUCAGAAGUUCUUCCCUUGGUAGUUGAAAUAAGACGGACUUAGUUUCACAACGUAGAACACAGGUUCUAGACAUGAUACACACGCAUCACGAAUGAGCGACAGUGUUUUGGGGGAGAAGAGACUAGUAGUGAAGUUUUCGAGGCAGUCCCAGCAAAACGUAGGCGGGGACUAUGUGUAGUGACGUAGAUACGCGGCGGUUAGAGACUCGGACUAGCUCAUGUCUUGUUUGCAUGAUUCAGAGUCGACUCCCAUUUUUACAAGCCAAUAACUUUGUUAUUUAUUCACCUUCGGACUUACAACUUGGCAGACAGCUUACUUUCAAACACGGCAACAUAACACACUGCAUGAAAUGUAAUUUUCAUGAUCUCAUGCUACUUACUCUUUAAGACUUCUUGUGCUUAAUAACUUUUUAAUAAUGUUAACAGUUUGUAUAAUAAGCAUUUUGCUACAUUAGUCCGGAAUCCAGACGUUACAUUCACACACCUUGCAUUCCCAAAAAGUUAAAAUGUAUGAUUUUAGAUUUGCUUAUGUGAGCAAACACAUGAUUGUAAGCAAUACCAUUUACACAUAUUCAUGUACUGUAAGACACACACACACACACACACACACACACACACACACACACACGCACGCACGCACACAAACACACAGAGUUGUUACAUCUGUAACCAGCCUUAAAUGUUCAGGACAUUCUUAACAUGACUCACAGGGAAUUUCACAUUUUCCAAACCCUAAGUUGAGCCACACUAACUAAACUCCUCCCUCUAGCAAACAGAGCUGGCAAAAAAUCUCCAUUUGACAAGAACACGUGAUAAUAUUUUACAUUACAGAUUUACAGAAACACUGUUUUCAACUCAUUGAAAACAUAAAGGUGUGUGUUUUUUUUGAUGCCAUAGAAGAACCUUUUGGUUCCAUAAAGAACCUUUAACAUUUGAAGAACUUUUCUGUUUCACAAAAAGUUCUUUGUGGCGAAAAAAUGUUCUUUAGAUUAUAAAAAGUAAGAAAGAGAUGGUUCUUUAAAGAAUCUUUUUUCUGGCUCUUCUAUGGCAUCGCUGUGAAGAACCUAUUAGCACCUUUAUUUUUAAUGCUGGGUUUACACCAAAUGCGAAUUAAGUGAUUUGCACAAGUAAAUUACAUACAAAGUCAAUGCAAAGACGCGACACAAUUGACACGAAUUGGGCGGCGAAAUUGCAGCGAACGUGCAUCAAAUGCGUCUUCGCCGCAAGUUAAAACAUUUCAACUCGAGCGAGAAAUUCGCGCGAAGAGCUCCUUGACACCUACUGUUUGAUGGGUCCGGACACGUGAAGACACUCCCCGUUGCGUGAUGUUUUUCGCGUCACUCACUCUGUUUUGUCAGUAAAAGGCUCUUUAAGCAGGGCUUGACAUUAAGCAUUGUCAUGUGGUUGUCCUUCGGACAAGUAAAUUUGUCGUUCACAUGUCAGAGUACAAAUAUUACUUGUCCGAAGAUAAAAAAUGGUAUUUCAUUUGAAGUGUCAAUAUAAUUGUUUGAGAUCCUGAUUGGUCUCAAGUUUGCUUAGAAGCGUUUUACCUAGUGUCCGCUGUGGACACCUAAAUUUGUUUAUACUCUCCAUGAUUGCUAUAGAACAAAGGCAAGCAGUGUCACGAACUGUGGCAGAAGAACCCAAGAGCAGGAAACGGCAGUGAAGGGGUUAACAAAACACUUUAUUUAACAAAACAAAGGAACAAAACAAAACACCCACGAGGGGGAAAAGGCGGACACUGUAACAAAACAAGAACACUAACAAAAACUUCCCACGAUGGGGCAAAACUAGAAAAUAACAAAACAGACUUACGACACAACGUCACAAAACAAGGCACGGAACAGGAACCAAGGUACACAGGUACAUGAGCACAAACGCAAUGCAUACACAACAUAGUACACACUAGGGUUGCACGGUGCACCGGUGCCACGGUAGGAUCGCGAUGCUAAAGCUUCAAAAUACUGGCGAUGCCACUGUGUUUUCAAAACGGUAGUAUCGAAAGUACGGUAGUACCGUAACUAAUGUUGCAAGUGCGCACGCAGUUACAUACAAACACCUGCAUUUUGUUCAUAUAUGUCUGCAAAAAUGUCUUUUGCAGUGGUGUGUAACCUUUCUGCUAUGCCCUUUAAGAGCGCGAAAUCCUGUGAAGGUCGCCUUAUAUGGUAUUAGUCAUUUUCCGGUCCGUCUGAUUCUACUUUAUUUUUCGAGCCUUUCCCUCGUAUGCCUAAAAUGGAUUCAAACACGACUUUUGAGCGUGAGAGUUUAUUAAAAAAGAGCAAUUCACGUAGUGAAAUCUGGAAUUUCUUUGGGUUUUUGCCUGAUGAGGCCAGAAAACCAAUCGACGACGAAAAACCAAUCUGCCGUCAGUGUCUCCAGAGAUUUCAGGCCAAAGGUGGAAACACCAGCAACCUCAUUAAACACCUCCGGACUCAUCCUGCUGCUUUUGCAGAAUACACAAAGAAUCAAAACGAUGCUGCUCUAAUCAGUGCCCAAAGCCAUACAGCUCAACCAGCUACCAGCAGGCUGCAACCUACAAUUGACAAGCUCUUUGAGAAAGCCAAGAAGUAUGAAUCAACGUCCAAAGAAGCAACUAUUCUAAACAGAGCAGUGACCGAGUUCAUUUGUAUGGACCAAAUCCCAAUAUACACUGUGGAAAAGUGUGGAUUUAAGCAGCUAGUAAGCAAACUCAACAGCAAAUAUGAGCUGCCCAGCAGAAACUUUUUUAUGAACAAGGAAAUACCAAAACUGUACACAGAAACUAGAGAGAAAGUAAAAGCAGAACUUGAAGGAUCUAGAUUUUAUGCCUGCACAACAGACUUGUGGAGCAGCAGAACAAUGCAGUCCUACAUGGCAGUAUCUGCUCAAUUUAUAAAAAAGGAUUGGCAGAUGGAGUCAUGGUGCCUGGGCUGUGCUGAACUUAAUAGUGACCACACAGCAGAAAGCCUGAGCGAGGCCUUUACUGAGAUGCUGAAAGAGCAGUGGGGCCUGGAUUUACACCACAUGGCAGGAAUUACUACUGAUAACGCUUCAAAUAACAAAAAGGCCUUCUCUGAUUAUAACUGGAUUCCAUGCUUUGGGCAUAAUAUUGACCUGGCAAUUCACAAGGGCCUCAAUGUUGAUCCUGUAGCAAAUACCUUGUCUCGGCUCAGAAGAACCAUCUCUGCUUUUUCAAGGUCCACCAAGCUGACAAGGCAGUUAAAGUCGAAGCAAGCUGACCUUAGUCUACCACUGCACAAACUGAUACAUGACGAACCUACACGAUGGGGGUCAACAUUCGAUAUGGUGGAUCGCUUUUUGGAACAGCAGCAAGCUGUUUAUGCUGUUUUAACUGAUAACCGAAAUAAAUGGCACCUCAUGCCAAAAGAAUCAGAUGUUACUACAAUGGAAGCACUGCAAAGUGUACUUGGACCCCUAAGGGUUUUCACUGAUGCACUAAGUGGGGAGCAGAAUCCCACAAUAUCCUCAGUCCUCCCACUGCUGUGGAAAGCUGAAUCAAUUUUGACUGUAUCUGCCUCUGACAGCAACCUAACUUCCAGCAUCAAGGGUUGCAUAAGGACUGAUUUGCAAAGCAGAUACAAUCAGGAAGAACUGCUAGCCACUUUGAGAUGUUCUACAUUUUUAGAUCCGAGAUUUAAAGACACUUUUGUGUUUAAUCUACAGCAGGUGGAAGCUCAGUUUCUGCAUCACAUGGAACAUAUGGUGGUACAUGCAGUCCCAUCAGUGGAGGUCCCAAAUCAGCAGCCUUGUACAAAGUCAGUGAUAAGUGGACUUUUGACAGGUAUCAUGGCUGAGAAAAGAGGAGCAACAUCACAUGCAGUUGGGGAUGAUGUUACAUUCUCUGGAGCAAACACACAGCUAAAGUUAAGGAGAGAACUGGAUGUAUACCAAAAACUUCCAGAGAUAGAUCCAGGAGACAGCCCACUCAGAUGGUGGAGAAUAAAUGAGGUCAGCUUUCCGGUCCUGUCAACGUUCGCAAGAAGAUACCUCUGUAUAUCUGCCACAAGUUGUGCAUCAGAGCGCAUUUUUAGUACGUCAGGCAACAUAUGUUCACCUCUUCGUGCAAGGCUGACGUCGCAUCAUGUAGAUAUGCUUGUGUUUCUUGCCAAGAAUUUAAUGCAGGUCAAGAAAUUAGAUACCUAAACUGGAAAAGCACUAGCAAUAAGUUGCACUAAGUUUGAAUUUGUCAUGUGAAGUUUUCUGAUGAAUGUUUAAAUUAUUCUCGAAAAAUUGUUCUAUUUAAUUUAAUGUCAUCUCAAUUUUAUGAAUUCUUGGUAUCCAAAAUGUAGUCAUUCAUGUUCAUUCUAAGACUCCUGAGUAGAUUCUGUCUGCAUGAUUUAAAGUAAUAUGUGGCCCAUUGUAAGACUGUAUGAUUGUUGUUUUCCAGUAGCUAGUCUACUUGAUAAAGUAUUCAGGAAAAAUUGUGGUCAGUUUCAUUUAUAUCUACACAUUUCAGAAAAAUUUGAUUCAUUUUGUAGAUUUGAAUUACGGAUUAACACAAUAGUGCAUGGCACCGUGAUACUACUUGGUAUCGUGGUACUUUACCAGGUAUAGUACCGUAAGCUGUAACAUGGGUAUCGUGACAACCCUACAUGGCAGUGCUGGUUUGUUUCAUAAGCACCAGCUCAUGUUAGCAGAUAUGUUAACGAUGGAUAUAAAAACGUUUGUGCUUGAGUUUCGAAGUAACUCGCUUGCAAUUGCGCCUCAAGUUUGUUUUGUUUAACCGGCGAUUGCGAAAAAAAAUAAGACACUUGAUAAACCGCGUGAUGACAACUCGAGGUUAGUUUCACCUUUGUUUCCGCUUCCAGUAAUGUUUUCCUCCUCAUGUCGAGUUUUCUUUGCCAAGUGCAGUAUGAAAUGGACUUUGUACUUUGACGCGCAUGAUAAAAGCUGCAC